GUCUUCCUUACCGAAAUCUAGUGACACAAUUUUUAACUUAAUUAACGUAACCUGGUGUAUUUGGUAUUAUCGUUUUCAAUUAUAGCUCGUUUUCUACGAGUAAGAGUAGUGAAAGUAGUCGGUUAUGAAGCAAGUGCCAUUCUUAGUAUAAGUUUAAUCAAACAAGGUUCAGUGCGGUUUUAGCUGUGGUCACAUCGACCCGGUCUAAGUGCGCAUUCGUUGCAGUGAAGUGUGGAGUUUUCUUCUAAACCGAAAAUAAGAAUACUUUCCGUAGAACUACCAAAUACUUUGAAAUGACGUCGUUAAUGCAUCUAGUUGUUGAAAAUUACAGUGAAUUUGCAGAAUCAAGAGAUCCUACAGUAGAUUCAUGGUUGUUUAUGAAAUCUCCAGUACCUGUGAUUGCGAUUCUUUUAACUUAUCUCAUUUUCGUAUUGAAAAUAGGACCAAGAUGGAUGGAGAAGAAAAAGCCUUAUGAUUUAAAAUUAGUGAUGAUUUUGUACAAUGCUUAUCAAGUACUUUUCAGUAUAUGGCUGUGUUCAACUGCAGUAUAUGUGAAAGAGCCGGUUAAAUUGUUGAGUCGGAGUUGUAAUAAUCCUUCUAAUAAUAAAGAACUUCAAGAAAUUGUAUACAAUUCAUCUUGGUGGUAUUUCUUUUCUAAAAUUGUCGAGCUUUUGGACACUGUGUUUUUCGUUUUAAGAAAAAAACAGUCGCAAGUAACCUUCUUACAUGUAUAUCAUCAUGCCAUAACCAUGUUCUUCUCCUGGGGUUAUUUGAAGUUUUUACCAGGUGAACAAGGACUAGUUAUAGGAUUUCUGAAUUCGCUCGUCCACGUAGUGAUGUAUUUCUACUAUUUCAUAGCUGCGCUGGGACCAAAAUAUCAAAAAUACCUAUGGUGGAAAAAAUACAUGACCUGGAUUCAAUUGACGCAAUUCUGCAUAAUGUUGGCAUAUUUGGUAUUCAUCAUUGCCAUCGAUUGUAAACUACCGAAAGCUCUGACGUUCUUCUUCGUAGGCAAUGUGAUAAUUUUCCUAUACCUCUUCAGUGACUUCUACAGAAAAGCUUAUACAAAAGCCCAUUCACAACGAACAACAACAAAACCCAUCGAAGUCGGUCCCGCUUCAGUCAUUGAACCAAUGAUACAGAAAGUGAAAGCUCAAUAAUACUAGUUUUACAAUCUAUUUAUUUGUUAUAUGUUUACAAAUUUUAUGUAAUAUUCUUUUUGACACGGAAGUCUAAGGUAUGAGGUUUAGGAUUAGUUUUAUAAUAUACUGGGCAAUAAAUACGUGGGGCAAAACUAAAAUUUGUAUAUCAUAUAUAUUAUUUACAAUACCUUCGAUUCCCCUAGUCAAAUGGAAUAAACUGUAUUAACAAAGCUGUAUAUAGUUGAUUCUGAUGUUACCAAAUAUUGUUUUGAAAUAGAAAAUUUUUUAAUAUAUUUAUAAAAGUUUUAUUAAUUAUGUUUCUAAUUAUCUCUACAUUAUGAAAAGUUAUUUUUAAUAGAACUUUCAUAUCAUGUUCGGUUCAAAUAUUUAUACAGUGAACAAUUUGAUCAAUAAAAUUCUUUCUCAGAUAUAACAUUAACGUUUAUUCAACAAAGAUCAAAAGAUCUCCUUUUUGUUGUUGUCAAAGCUUCUCUUUUCUUAAGUUUUCUUAACCUCAGACUAUCAAAUUUUAUUUGCCUCGUAUGAACUUUUUCUUGUAAGCUGUCUAAGCAUUCUAAACCUAAAUAAAGGGCUUCGAAAUUUGUAGAACCAUUAUUAACCUUGUUCCAAAUCAUUCUAUUUUUUCUGUAUUGAUAAAUAUCUUUCCAUAUUGAGAAAUUUACGUAUAUUUUUCAUUGUUCAUAAUUUCAAAAAGGUUUGGAGGGAUAUUUUCUAUUAAUUAAUGGAUCUAUACAAUAAACGUUACUUGAGUCUCAUUUGUAGUGUCAUAGUAUGACUGUUGUUAAUUUUCAAUUAUUUAUACUACAGAAUGACGAAGUUGUGCUGAAAGUGACAAUGUGUAGUUUAAAUAUAUUUUUGAAAAAAUGUUGUAAGUGUAAAACUAGAAAUAAAUAUAAAACAUUUA